AUGAAGCCGCCUCUUGCCUGCGUGAAAUGUAGGAUACGCAAGAAAAAAUGUGAUCGAGCAUACCCCGCAUGUUCUUACUGCCUAAAAACACACGAACGAUGCGAGUAUCGUGUUAGCGGCGUGUCAAACAAGCUUCCAGCUCGAGCAGCGCCCUUAGUCCAGACUUUAGACAGAAACCGCCGGUCUAGAACGACAGGUUUUGAUGGAGUAUUUCUUGGGUACCCAUUUUUCCCAAGCUAUUUUGCAGGUGAUGACAAUAGCAACGUAAUCAUUUCCAAUGACUUGCGGACUUUUGUCAUUAACGAUAGAAAUCUGGGCAAAAAUAUAACGGAUUUCCUCGAAGAAACAAACUUCUUCUGCAUGCCAUUUAUCCCUCGACAAGAUCUUCACGCUCAACUGUCCAAUGAAUCUAGUCAGCUAAACAGCUCGGAAAUUCUCCUCCUUGCAUGCAUCAAAGUUUUGUGCCUACCAGUUGAAGGCGAUGCAUGUGCCCAGUCUAAUCCGCCAUAUUUAGCGAUUAAGACUGCCUUUGUCAGUGCUGAGGUCAACAGCGUUCUCAAUGUACGCCUGUUACAAGCGCUGGUGGUGCUUCUCAUUUAUGAGUACUGCCAUGGCAUCUACCCUUCCGCAUAUAUUACUCUUGGCACUUGCACGCGAUACCUAGCUGCUCUCGGAAUCAAUAGACCCAGCCUGCCCUCUGAAGAACCCAUUGACUGGGUCGAUACUGAGACUCGAAGACGUCUAUGGUGGGCAAUUUAUACCAUGGAACGUAUAAUUAUGCUUGGCUAUCCAAAAGGGAAUCUGUUGCUCGGAGAGCCGGAUCAAAACGAGCCUUUACCUUCAGAUGAUAUUUCUUGGGAACAAGCAUAUCCGUCAGCAGAGGCCCACUUGACGCUGCUAGCACCGGCCACAUCUGAAAUGAGUAGCUUUCGACAUGUAGUUCAUGCAGCUUAUCUUAUUGGUCGCGUGCUUCAACAUGCCUCUGAUAAUCAUCUCCCAGUUCAAGUAUACAGUGAAAGAGGGAAACAACUUAAUCGCACAAUAUCUGCUCUUAUGUCUGCUUUAGAAGUUGAAACAAGAUCUGCAGUCUUUCUAGUCACCGUACCUCGCGCUAUUCUAAACAGUGCCAUAUUUUUGCUACAUUCAAUUUCCGUUCACAGUAAUGAUGAAAUUACUGCCGAACAUCUGGAACUAACGCGAAGUUCGUCGGCUAAAAUCUACAGCGAUCGAGUACGACUUUUUCUCCAAGGAAAUCUUGAAAGUGAAUAUAAGCCGUCACCAUUUUUGCUGCAUUGGGCCUUUCAUGUAUUUCAAUACUUUCAUGCUAUGUAUCGUCGAGAGGGACACAGCGAAAUCCUUCAAGUCUUGCAAGAUCUUGAGAAAAGCUUCGAGAUUUUAGAUAGAAGAUGGAACCUGGCAGGGGUUUACAUGACACUCUUAAAUACAAUGCAGGGGAAAUAG